AUGCAGCAGCGCUUUAGUAUUUUAGAUUGUCCAGCUGUCUUGCCUCCUCAUCUGGACACGCUUCUCAAACAGAUCAGCUUCCAGGCCUUCAACGUUGAUGCUAAUACCACAGUCAACGCCCUCGCCAUCACGACAGAUUUGAAGGACUUAGUCCUACGCAUGAAACCAACCUCCUCUCCUGGUGAUUUUGUCCCCUCUUGUAUUAUUAAAGAAGCUUUUGAUGUAGUUGGUCCCUCCAUACAGGUGCUGGAGAAAGUUGUGCUGUCCCAGCUGCUUCCCUUCCUGUCUGAGCACAACAUUCUAGAGCCAUUCCAGUCAGGUUUUAGAGCACUCCACAGUACUGAAACAGCUCUGCUCAAAGUGACUAAUGAUCUACUGCUCACUCUAGACUCAGGCGAGAAUGCAAUCUUGGUCCUAUUGGACCUUAGUGCGGCCUUUGAUACUGUGGACCAUGGCAUCCUCCUUUCUCGUCUUGAGGAGUGGGUCUUUGGUUUGAGGAUCUUCACUGUAUACAGUGAUGUGACACAGUGCUCAGCCGUGAUCACAAAAUGUGUAUGUAACAGGAAAUCCAUCUGUCACUGCAGAGGAGUGAAGGGUGAAAAGGGUGUAAAAGGAUAUCUGGGCCAACCUGGGCCUCCUGGAUUCCUGGGUUACAUCGGAGCCGAGGGUCAUCGAGGGCCGCGUGGAGAAAAGGGAAACCCUGGUCCUGUUGGUCUCAAAGGGUUGAAAGGAGACAGGGGACCUAUUGGAAGCCCGGGUUUCCUUGGAACUUCAGGUUUGCCGGGUACACCAGGAAAUCAAGGUCCCAUUGGUCCACCUGGUGCUCCUGGCUGUGAUGGUGCAAAGGGAGAAGAAGGCUCUCCUGGCCCACCAGGUGAACCAGGCUCAAAAGGACAUGAAGGACCACCUGGCUGGCCGGGGCCAAAGGGCGACUCCGUACACCCUGACCUGAAUACAGAAGCAAGUCUUGGACCUCCGGGACCACCAGGACCACUGGGUCUAAAGGGAUUUCCAGGACCAAUGGGUUUAAGAGGCACUGACGGACCUCCUGGACCUCCUGGACCUCCAGGAUUAAAGGGCUCCCAAGGACGAUCUGGAGUUCCAGGACUUCAUGGUCCAAAGGGAGGUCAGGGUCCUCCUGGAGCGCCUGGUCCACGAGGAAGAGGAAUAUUUUUUGCGAAUAGUGAACGGGGUAUAAAGGGUGAGCCUGGAGACGAGGGAGAAAGAGGCUGUGAUGGUAGACCUGGACGCCCGGGCUCCUCCCUUCAGAAAGGUGAAAAGGGGGACAAAGGUGUCCAAGGGGCUGAGGGGAAACUAGGAAAGGAAGGAGAACCUGGAUUACAAGGAUUGACAGGUAAAAAAGGAGCCCGUGGGCCUCCAGAACACUUACCUGGCCCACCAGGACCCAAGGGUGAGAAAGGUGAUCAUGGUCCCUCAGGUCCCCCUGGAGACAUACAUGAAGUUGGUAGAUGUCUACUGAAGGGAUAUGAGGGAGAUGCUGGUUGUGAAGGAGAGCCUGGGCCGCCUGGUAUGAAAGGCAUUGCAGGAUUUCCAGGACCACCAGGACUUCCAGGUUCAUAUGCCCUUGGACCUAUGGGGCCAUCAGGUCCACCAGGCCAAAGAGGACCCAAAGGGGAGAAGGGUAAUGCAGCACCAGAUCAGAUUGGACCUCCAGGUAGAGAUGGUCCUCAAGGACUACAGGGUCCUCCUGGAGACCCAGGACCCCCAGGCCCAGUACUGCUUCCAGAUCCUCCAACCAUUACAUUCAAGGGUCUUCCGGGUGUUACUGGUACUGAUGGCCUUCUGGGACCAAAGGGUGAUAAAGGGGAGCCCUGUUAUGAAUGUUGCAAUGGACUUACAGGUCCUCAAGGCCCACCAGGUCCUCAAGGCCUUCCAGGUGUAAAUGGACCACCUGGCCCAAAGGGAGAUGCAGGUUUUAAAGGUGUUGCUGGUUUACCAGGUUAUGAGGGACCUCCAGGGCCACCUGGACUUCAGGGUGUACCAGGAGAAAAGGGAAGUGGAGGAAACUCUUAUCACCUUGGAAUGAAGGGAGAUAAGGGGUUGCCAGGAUUGCCAGGCCUUCCUGGUCUAGAUGGUCUCUAUGGUUCACCAGGACACCCUGGAUCUAAAGGACCACCUGGGACCAAGGGUAAUUCUGGUAUGACUUUAGGCCCCAUGGGAGAUCCAGGACCUGCUGGGUUACCAGGAAUUCAAGGAAACCCUGGGCCAAUUGGGCCACCAGGUCUUUCAGGUUUUGGAGUACCUGGAUUUCCUGGCCAGAAAGGCAGCCAUGGAGUUCAAGGCAUCAGAGGCCCACCUGGACCCCCAGGUGAGAAAGGAGAGUGUAGUAGUGGCAGCACAGGAUAUCCAGGUCCAAAAGGCCAGAAGGGACUUCCAGGGCCAGAUGGACCACGAGGCAGUCCUGGAUCCCCAGGUCAUCCAGGCAUUCCAGGCUUCCGUGGUCCAAAGGGAGACAAAGGCACUUUAUUGCAUCCAAAUGUUGGACCACCAGGGACCAAAGGUGAUAAAGGCCAGCCAGGGCCACCAGGAGUUCCAGGAAUUGGUUUAAAUGGACUACCUGGACCAACGGGACUGCCGGGAAUACCAGGGUCAAAGGGUGACCCUGGAUAUGGCCCACCAGGGCUAGAGGGAUUGGCAGGAAUUCCAGGUGAUCCAGGUGUUAAAGGUCUUCCAGGAGACCCGGGUGUUCCUGGUUUCCCUGGAUCAUUUGGAAUUGCAGGAAGGCCAGGGGUGUUAGGCCCAAAAGGAAAUAAAGGUGCAGCGGGUGUUCAGGGAUUACCAGGUGAACCAGGUGACUGUCACCAAGCAACUGGUCCACCAGGAAGUAGAGGUCAACUAGGCUACAGAGGACCAAGUGGACAGAAAGGCUGUAGGGGGAGCCCUGGUAUGCCAGGCUUUGGUAAGCCUGGUCUGGCCGGACCCCAGGGACCACCUGGGUCCUCAAUGCAGGGAGCACCAGGGCCUCCUGGAAUACAAGGUCUCCCAGGGCCAAAUGGAAUUUGUGGUGUACCAGGACCCAAAGGUGAACAGGGGCCACCAGGACCAUCAGGUGUUGAAGGCCCAGAUGGCAUCUUUGGACUCACUGGACCACCUGGUCCCAAGGGAUCUCAGGGCUUGUCUGGAAAAGAAGGACAGGAAGGGCCUCCUGGUGUUCAUGGAGAUCCUGGAAUACUUGGGCCUCAAGGUCCUUGCAUACUGGAACAUGGGCCUCUAGGAGACCCAGGUCCACCAGGAUCACCAGGUUUACUUGGUAAAAGGGGAGAUACAGGACUCCCAGGACCUGAAGGAAUUAAUGGGAUUAAUGGGGUACCAGGAAGGCCAGGACCAUCAGGCCCUGUUGGUGAUAGAGGUGUUGACAGCUAUGUUCCUGGUGAACCAGGCAAAGUUGGGCCUAGAGGUGAUCCUGGAUUUAGAGGUUUUCCUGGUCCUCGAGGUAUGAAAGGAGAACCAGGUGAACCUGGAACCACAGGGCAUAGAGGAGAAGAUGGUGCUAUUGGACUCAAAGGACAAAAAGGUGACCAGAGUACAGGCAUCCUGGGGCAUCCUGGCCCAAAAGGUCAAAAGGGAGAGCCUGUAUUUGGAUGUAAAGGAGAGAAGGGGAAUGUUGGAUUACCUGGUCCACCAGGUGACCUUGGGUCAAGAGGACCUCCGGGAGACACUGGAGCCCCUGGAUAUGCAGGGCCCCCAGGAACACCUGGUCAGCCAGGCUCGCAUGGUGCCCCUGGAUCUCCUGGACCUACAGGCCCAAAUGGAGAUCAAGGGACUCCUGGCCUUCCUGGUCCUCCUGGACCUGUUGGCCAAAAAGGCAACCAGGGUCAAGAUGGCUUUCCUGGACAACCAGGUCUAAGGGGGGACAAUGGUUGUACAAACCCUGUUCCGGGCACAAAAGGACAUAAAGGGCAAGCAGGUCCCAAGGGAAACAGGGGACUUAAAGGUAAACCAGGUAAUAGGCUUCUUGGUCCUUUGGGAACAAAGGGACCCCCAGGGCCACCGGGACCGAAUGGCUCUCCUGGAUAUCCUGGGGUUCCAGGAGAAUGUUUAUCUGGGGAAAAAGGAGAACCUGGUCUUCAUGGAAGACCUGGAAGUCCUGGGCUACAAGGCCCCAGAGGUCCUCCAGGAGAUUGUCUACUGAAAGGGGACAAGGGAGACAGGGGACUACCAGGCAUGCUAGGUCUUGCUGGAGAGAAGGGAACCCAAGGACACCGUGGUCUCCGGGGACCUGCUGGUGCUCCUGGUGCCCCUGGGACAAAAGGUGACCCAGGGCUUCCUGGGCUUCCUGGACUUCCUGGUGAACCUGGAGAUCCAAGCUACAAUCUUGGACAGAAAGGUGAACCUGGAUUUCCAGGAGCUCCUGGACCACCAGGUUUAGAUGCACAUAGUCCUUGUAUACCAGUAAUUACUUUGCCAGGGGAUCCAGGGCCAAAGGGAAACCCUGGAGAUCGUGGGCCUUCUGGAUUUUCUGGGUCACCUGGAAUACCAGGGCCAACAGGCUUGCAUGGCCCCAGAGGACCUCCAGGUCAGGGUGCUCCAGGACACCCUGGUUUCCCUGGACAAAAAGGAGAUAAAGGAGCACCUGGACUACUAGGACCAGAUGGCUAUGUGGGGCAGCCAGGAAGGAAAGGUGUUCGAGGACCUCCAGGAAAGGCAGCCCAAGGAACUCUCAAUAGCUUCCUUCUGACCAGACACAGCCAGAGCAUCCAAGUUCCCAACUGCCCACAAGGAACUACGUUCAUUUAUUCAGGAUAUUCCCUGCUAUUCAUCCAUGGGAAUGAGAGGGCACAUGGACAAGACCUGGGCACAUCAGGUAGCUGCCUGCCUCGUUUCUCCACCAUGCCCUUCCUCUUCUGCGAUACGGAGCACACCUGUCGCUAUGCCUCGCGCAACGACUACUCCUAUUGGCUAUCCACAGAUGAGCCCAUGCCCACCAAAAUGGAACCAAUCAGAGGGGAUGUUCUGGCAAAAUACAUCAGCAGAUGUUCGGUGUGUGAGAGCACAGCCAAUACCAUCGCCAUACACAGCCAGACCACACAGACACCCGAGUGUCCGGAAGGCUGGUUUUCGCUCUGGACUGGCUACUCUUUUGCUAUGCAAACCGGUGCUGGUGCCGAGGGCUCAGGACAAUCCCUCAUCUCUCCUGGUUCCUGCCUAGAGCAUUUCAGACAAGUCCCUUUCAUCGAGUGUCAUGGCCGUGGCACAUGUAACUAUUACCCUGACUCCUACAGCUACUGGCUGGCUUCCCUUGAUGUAGAAAAGAUAUUUCGUAAACCCAAGCCCAAAACAGUGAAAGGACCAACCAUGACGAGUGUCAUCAGUCGCUGCCGUGUCUGUAUGAAAGUAAACCAAAAGCAAUUUAGUGUAAUCUAA